AUGACAUCCACCCAAGAAGUUAUUCAAGCUCGUCGCACAGAAUCCUUAGAUGCACCUGAAAUAUUAAAGCUUGUCAGCGCUACAACAGAAAAACUUUUUGGUCGCGUAAAUGUGGUGAAUAUAAUGUAAGAAGGAAAACAACUUUUGUAGAUAUACAUGUAUACUAAUGCAAAAUGUAGCUUACAGUACAAAUCUUAUAGCAUGAAAAUAUUCACUGAUUUUUUAAAAUGUUGGUUAUAUAAUGGUAUCUCUGCAUGUCAAAUUUGUUACAUUGAAGCUUGCUACCUACAUGUAGAUACUAUGUUUGCUACCUAAAUACAACUAUACAAAGUAGACGGUAUGGUACUUGAGCCUUUUCCCGUGUCACCAAUAAAUUGAAGGGGUGGGUGGAAUAAAGCCCCAAGUUAACCUUGAUUUAAUGUAAAUUUUCUCUUUGCUUCACAAGCAAAUACUGGGCUUUUCUUCAGAUGCCCCUGCACCCCUUCUGACAUCCUCAGAAGUCAUAAAAGUUCAUUACUAUUGUAACAAUUAGAACACUCAACGUCUGCACAAAAGUUUGGGCCAUACAUUUAUUUAGAAAAAAACAGGGGCCCUUGACAAAAGAAUCCAGGGAGAGGAGGAUGGGUAAAGCUACCAAAAAAGACCACAACGGUCCUUUUAGCAGACACAAAGCUUGCUAUGACUGGAAGAAUGUUGAAAGUGUGUAUUAUGUACAUCCUGUUUGUCAGUGCCAAAUGUUAGGUGAGUUUCCUUGUUGCGUCACACAAAGUAACAAGUUAUUCUGUUUUUUAUCAUGCAGUGAAAAGGCCAGUUUGGCUGUAACAUUGGUUAAUGCAAAUAAUGAUGUCAUGGGGCAUGCUGCAUUCUUUGAUUAUCCCAAUCUGCCAAGUGUGGACCAAAGCAAGUGGGAAGAUUGGUUGCACUCAAAAUAUGACUCUGACAAAUGCAAUGUAAGUAUCACUACACAAGUUCUGUAAAAAUAAUCAACAAUAUCAAAGAGAAUUUAGAAAGUUACAUGUACAUGAUUGUGUAAUGACAACAAAAUAAUUAAUGCCUGCCAGUGAUUUUGCCUGUUAGCACCAAUGAUCAUAAUAUAUAAAUAUUUGUGGGUGAGUGUGAAAACACACCUUAUGCAAAUCUUUUGCCCAUGUCCCCUUAGCAUUGUUUGUCCAAAAAGAAAUAGUUCUGGACCAAACCUUCGCCAAUGUGUCAAGCUUGGUCUGCUGAGUACAUUGUUUGAUUCAUACGAUUCAAAGUAGACAGACUGCAAAUUAUCUUAGUUGCUAAAAAAUUUAUAUCUACGUGUCGCAACUGUUCAUCAGUAGGAUGCCUAAAAUGCGUGCAAUUCCACAAUUGGUUUCGGCUCCAUUAAAUCCUGUACCAAUUGCAGAACAUUUUAGGAGGAGCCACCCACCAUGUGAGCACAGUCACGGACAAUGUAUAAGUGAGGAAAAUAACGCAAAGUAAAAUUAAGACGUUAACAAACGAACUAAAUGUACACGUCAAUUAAAUAAAUAAACAAAUAAUGCGUGCGCUCAAAAUAAAAUUGUAUGUGCACACGUACCGAGAUCUGAAAUACAACACUAUGCAAUAAAUAAGUAAUGUAAGGAUACGAUGGUGCAAUUCAAGACAAGAGUGCCACAGAUCCAAACUGAACUUCAAAGUUACAUAUAUAACUUCAUAUCUUAGACGAGACUCUCAUCUGGCAAGAAAUGAGACAAAACUGGUAACUUACGUGUUCCUUUGACCAAUAUUAUACUCCUUUUUUGCAUAAAAAGUCUUAUUAAUCAAUUGUCACCAAGUUAAAAUCUAGGAAAUUGGUUGCCCAACAAAAAGUUUUUGCUACUUUCUUCUUCUAGCCAUUGAACACCCUCUUCAUGAACUACUUUGUAGCCAAGUCAGACUUUGCAUUUGGCUGUGCAACAGAAAUUAUUAGGUAGGUACAAUGUACGCAAGUGUUAUUUGUUUUUGUAUUCAUUAUUUGUAUUUGUUGUUCAGGUAAAGAAAAUUUACAAUGUGCUGAUGUACAUGACAGUGCAAUUUGUUGGAUAUUAAUAAAAAGAUAAAAGACAAAAUGAUGGCUUAGUAUACAAUGUAAGAGAUUCAACCAUACAUGUAUGUUUUUCAUAAUGCUUCUUGAUAAAACAAAAAAUGUGUUUAAUUGCAAUGAUUUUCCAAUUCCUGCUUGUGGGUGCCGAAAUUAGUGCCUGACUCAUGGUGCCGCUGAUGAUCUUAGAUUGUAAGCCCUAACAUGCAUCUUAGAUCUUAGAUUUUAUUCAUAAACAUAUACAUGUAUUUUUAAUUUUUAUUUUUGGAAGUUUAUUUACAUAGGGUUAACCUCUUAAACUUCCUUUUUAGGGUAUUAUUUGUGUCGUUUAUUUCUUAUCAUACCUUAAAUAAAGUACUGUAUGUAUGUAUGUAUGUAUGUAUGUAUGUAUGUAUGUAUGUAUGUAUGUAUUGUGCAAAGAAAGAGUUACAUUUUAAGGAAAAACUAAUAGAUAUUGCAAAAAUUGUACCGUGUUGACCGUGACACAUUUGCCGAGCCAAAUUCCAUGGAAAGUGAUGAAUGUGAAUGAACUAGAUUUGUUGUUACGUUGUUCAUGUAGUACUGACAUAUUUCUAGUUGAAUAAAUACAGCUUACAACUAUUUACAUUUUUUGUUUCUUGUAUGUUUUUGUAAGGACUGUAUUCAACGCUGUUCCUUUUCUUCACUACAUCUUCCUUGUUGUGCCAAGAGGUGUUGAAACAGGUCAGUGAGGAGAUUGUUCAAUCAUGUCCAUGUAUCCUAUACAUUGGUAAAUCAUAAAAAGAUUUUUUCAUGGCAAAAGCUGGUACACUAAGCUUUUCUGGCUAGCUUACAUGUAUUUACAGACAUAAGAUUCAAAACCCCUACUGGCAGGAAGCAACCAAAUGGCUUUUUUAAGCAUGACUGAGAUUUGAACUCACAACAAUCAAGAAACAAAUCCAACCAUUGUAUGGACACACGUGUCCUGCAUUCAUAUUGGGUCAUCAUAUCGCUCUUAGUGGGAUCACUGGGGUACAUGUACAUGUACAAAACUUGUUGUUUUGUUUAUUGAGGUCUGAGGACUGUGACAAUAUGUCUCCAUUGGUGUUGAACUGCUCUAUUUGUGCUUGUCUAUACAUUGCUCUGGUCACAGUUUAAAAACCAUGCACCGUUGUUUGUUGCCAUUUCAUUGAUCUUAUGUCCCAGUUUUAAGGCCCUCUCACUACACUACUUUUAUUCACUAUUGACUAGUGAUUGCUUUUGUUAGGAUCAACUUUGACUGAGUUGUUUAAGCCAGUGGCAUUCAAGGAAAGUUUUACCGGGAAAUUGAAUGUUGAGCUUCAAGUGUGUUAUCGCCACGAUCAUUGUGCCAAAUUACACAUAAGACCAGCAAGGUAAAGUCUUAUAUUUAAAAUGUUAUUACAGUACAGUGUUUCGUUAUAAUAUUGUUUCAUGUACAUGGCUGUAGAUCAAAAUGAAAAAAUACAUACAUUGUUAUGCAGCCGUGUUGAAUGUACUGUCAUGACAUUGCAAAUUAUUCUGCAUAAAUUUUUCUCCAUACACCCAUUGUUUCCCAUUGUUACCAAUUGCAAAGUGAACAGCCAGAAAAUGCCUUAUGUAUUCAGAUUUGUAACUUUUUGGGAAGCCGCAAAUACCAUAUUUCCUCGAAUAAUAGCCGUCCCUCAAGUAAUCACUUCCCUCGAUUAAUGAAAUUGCCCCCCUUGGAUGGAAAUAUUUAAAGUAAUUGCUUCCCCUCCGCUCCUCUCACCAUCUUAUCUUCCUUUUAUCCCCGGGGGGUGGACUCCCACAUGAAACAGAAGGGGAUGCUCGUCGGAAAUUUUGAAUUUAACCCCUAAAGGAGACCAUCUGGGCGUGGCUCAAGCUUUUUGUGACCCCUAAAGGAGACCAAUCUGGGCGUGGCUUAAGCAAAUUUUGACGCCUAAAAGAGACCGCUUAAAAACACACAAAUACGACAUGCAAUGUGUUUUAAUGACAUAAAGACAUAAAAAACAAAGUUAAAAUGAAAAUUGACUUCUGUUUCUCUUCGCGUAAUUCUGUGUUUCUUCGCGGAACCCUAAACGAGACCUUGGCGCCUUAAAAUAUUGGCGCUUUGCCCGGAACACCCUAAGCGAGACCAAAAUCCAAAAUUUACACCCCUAAGCGAGACGACGAGCAUCCCCGUCUGUUUCAUAUGGGAGUCCUCCCCGGGCUUUUAUCCCUUCCCUGUCAGGUGUAGGUGCAAUGUGAUCCAGCAAAACUGAUUAAUGACGAUUCAAGCUAUGAAAAUUAAUUAAGGAACUAAAUUUGGAACAAGUAAAAAGCCCAUGUUCAGUUAAUUUGAUGUGAUUAUUUUUUUAUUUAAUGGCAUAAUAUAACGAAAUAUUUAGGGCACAACUUCCAGUGAGCUGCAAUAUUGAAAUAAUCGCCUCCCUCAAAUAAUCACCUUCCCUCAAAUAAUCACCUUCUUUUUGUGGGAAAAAGAAAUAAUUGCCCCGGCUAUUAUUUGAGGAAAUACGGUAUUAUAGCAGGGUUAGGAGAUGGCAGAAAAUUAUUGAGACCCAAACAAAGCUAUAACUGUUUUAUGAACCACAACACUUGCAAUUCGCCUUUUUGCCUAUUUAUGCAUUUUUCUCAAAAAUCUAAAAUAAAUUUAGACAUUAACACUGGUUUAAAUUUCCAUAGAAAUAUGUAAAGAUUUGGUCAACCUUUCAAUAUUUUCUUAUUCUCCUUAAAACUAUUAUGCACAGAACACAAAAGGUAAGUUUUCACUGGCCAGUAAGUGAGAAAUAAUGUCUGUAAUACUCAAUGGUAAAAACGGUCAUAUAUAGGAAAUUCAACAAAAAUGUAAGAUCAUAAAGUGAUUGCACUCAACUAUACAACUGUCAUUACAGUUGUACAAUGUAUACAGAGAGGCUUAGCAGCAGGUGUAAGGUAUUUUAUUUUAUCACACAUGUACAUGUACAAAAUUAAUAAUUAAUUUUAUUUGGGGAGGAAGGGAGGGCAAGGAAGUAACAUUCCACGAAAUGUUUUUUUUUUCCACCAACAGGGUUGAGGAUCAUGAUGACCUUACACCGAUUUUCAAUCGACAAAGUGAUGUGCUCACUUCUACUUAUGGUAUGCUUGCACAAUUGUAACUUAAAUAAUUUUUGUAAUAAUCUCUGUCAUAAUAGCAUAAAAACUACUAGACCACCCCUGAUAAUUUGACCAGAGGGGUGUUAAGGUGCUAGGGGUGAGGCAAAUACAUUUCAAAAGAGUUGGGUGUGAGCUUAGAUUGUUUGCUACAGUAUAUGUUGAGGACAAAAUAUUUGAUAGACGGGAACUAAUAUUACAUAUUAUUGUUUUCUCUGGGAAACCAAACAAACCUUGUAGAUAAAGGGGGACCAUCCUACAGAAGUAAAUGUACAUGGAUUUCUUUUCUUGUUACAGAGAAACCAACAAGUUAAAUACUUCAGUGAUUUUUUUUUUACUUUAGUGCAUAAUAAUUUUUAUUUUUAUUGUGCUGGUAAGAAAAGAUACUAAACAAAUCACAAAAUUAUUUCUUGGAUAAUGAUGACAAUGGACUGUGCAUGUACAUGCAUCUUAAAUCUGGCUUGAGCUGGUUGUUUUUAUCUUUUUAUAACAGGUAACACUUUAUCUUUCAGGUGACUUCUUCUUAGCAGAACUCAUAGAAGCACAAGAUGAGAAAAAUAAAUGUGUUGUUGCAGAUGUAAGUUAGAGGGAAGUUCGUAUGGGAUGAUGUUUGCUGAAAUAGAUCUAGCUGACUCAACUCAGUUGUCUAUUUGUGAAAAACUUGGUUCUUUCAGCAGUUAUUUUGACUUAAAACUAAGCUAAAUCAAGCAAAGCAGUACAGUGAAAAUCUUGGUUUAUAAGAAACUGGGAUAAGACAAAGAAAUAAAUGAUUUGCUGCAUGAUUUCAGGCAACAGUGCAACUAAUCCACCAGUUCUUAUUGUUUUUGCUCUUGAAAAUUACAGGUAUUCCAUAACUAAGGGCACUUACCAUUUGUCAGAACUCACCAGCUGCCAGCUGCCAGUAGCUAAUCAGAACUUUCCAGCUGUUGAUCAGACCACUAUUAAUCAAAACAGGGUCUGGAGGAAGGUUCUUGAUUAGUGUUCUCCUUAGCCGGCAUUAACCAGUGAAACUUGUAAACCACUUGAAGCAACACUUGAAGUAUUACUAAAAUUAAAUAAGCAGUAAAAAAAUUCGCAAGUUGCGAUCCAAGCCAAUCCUCAAUUGAAAAGGAAGUAAAUACGGAAAAACAAAAAAAGUACACAGCUAUUCUCUUUGAUUACUUUAUUUAAAUGCUGACUGGUACCUUUCAAAGCACUGCAGGCUAACAAUUUUUUCAUGGGCUUCUUUCCCAAUUCUAGACUUUCUCGACCAGCAGGAAAAGUUUGCGACUUGUGUUACUAAAUUGACCCUAGCCACAAAGGCAGCCUUCAUUCAUAAAAUUCUUUGUUUUGAGGUGUUUUCAGUCAAUUGGUUGACAGAAUGCUCGAAAAUAAAAUCCUUCAUGAAUGCGAAAACCUAUAGAGCAUACAUUGUAUUUUUGACCUUACCCAUCAAGAAUGGUCCCUUACCUACUGAGCUGAAAUUUAAGGAGAGCACCGCAUUCCCACACCUUUUUUCAGGAAAAUCCUGCAUUCUGCUAUUUUUUCAUCUGUUUCCUAGAUUCCUCUUUUGUUUCCAAAAACAAUGAAAUAAAAAUAAGUAACUAACAGUUAAGCCCUACAGUUUGGGUUGAAAGAAGACAUCACUUAUAUGUAAUGCAUGCCUGGUUGAUUCACAUUUGCCACUCAAAUAUAUAUGAUUUCCCGAAUUCCCAACAUUAAGGUAAAAAGUCCCACAUCACGUGCUUAAAUGUUGGUGAAUCGUGCUUCCUGAGUAUCUGAAAAAUCCUGUUUCUUAUUAAGAUUCAGAUUCCCGCACCGAAUUUUGGUCAAAUCCUGGAUCCCUAAAAUACUCUUCCAGACCCUGUCAGCUAUGUCACCACGGUGCUUUUAUAAAUACAUCUACAUGUAGUGUGUACUGUCCUUUCUUGUUUUUGGUGUGUGCUUUGACUCUCAGACAUUUAACAUUAGACACUGAUUACAAGUUUCCCUAGUUGGACUGUGUUACUACAUAAUUAAGUAGUAGUUACCUUACGACUACUGUACAUACAGUUGUUACUAUGGUGUCUUAUGGAUGUCAAUAGGAAGUUGCCUUUUUUUCACUCAUGCAUGCUGCUCUGCCUAAAAUGCACUGCGUAUUAGUGGUUGCCUUACAUGGACUGAAAUGAGGACUUCCUUAGUGGGACUGCACAGUUUUAUAAAUACUGACGAUCAACGUAAUUAACGUCCAAUAGGAAUACUUAGUAGUAGUAUUUCUGCUGUGUACAUGUAUAUUCUGGAGGACAUGCCUUACAUGUAUAGGAACUGUUGAGUUGCAACGUGUACACUCAUGUAUAUUACACAUGUAGUGCUGUCAAACAUCUCCUGUGAAUUACAUAUAGAAGGUCCUGGCUUCCUAUACUGCUAUAUCAGUACCCAUCUUCCAUGUACUGUACAUCAAGAGCUGCCCUAAACCGUACAUGUACAUGUAUUAAGAUGUAGUAUUAAUUAGAAGCUCAGCACUACAUGGACUGUAAGUUUGCAGUAUCUAAUAUUAUCUGCUUUUUAUUGUUUAUGAUUAUCCUCAAGCACUGUGACUCCAAAUAGGUGGUUAAGAGUGGCUAAUGGUUAAAUCAGAGUGUAAAUGUACAGUGUAAGUCAUUCAAACUCAACAACCACCUGUAUAAUCUUAAACAAUUUUAAAUUGCCUUGUUUAUUAUUUUGCAGGUGAAAGGCACAGCAGUUGGAUUUAUGAGUGUUUGUUCAACUGUGGAUGUAGAGUUGCUUAGUAACUGUUUUGACUUGAAACCUUUUAAUGGUUUGCAAAAGUUCCAAGGCCAAACACCACCCAGAGGUACAUGAAAAAACAUUAGACAUGUUCACUUGCCACAAGACUAAAUAAAAAAUUAAAGUUACCCAGUAACUUAAACUUGCCUACAAUACAUGUAAUAUUUCACCUUUUUUUUCAUUGAAUUGUUCAUUUAUACGUGUACCUCAGGCUACAGUGUAACUGAGUUUCAAGUGGUUACUGUAAGUAAGGACCACCCAGUUGUGCAAGUAUAGUUAAGCCGAGUUGCCUAAGGCUAGUAAGAUAGUGAUUAUAUCACUGAAGUUAAUUGGGCAUGUGAGAAAAGAAACUGUAUACAUGUAGUAGAAUGUAACUUGCAAAACUGGCCAAUCAUGAUGGUUUACUAUUACUGAGAGUUUUUUAAUUAUCUUAUUUCAUUGUAGAAUGCCCUUCUAAUUGUGAAGCUUGUGAUUAAUUUGUUAUUAAUUGUCUCGGUUCAGUGAUCAUCGUAUUGGAAGUCUGGUGAUGUUAAGCUAGCCUCUUCAUUCUUUUUAUCAGUAUUCAAUGGAGAUGUCAAAACGUCUAAGCUUCUGUUCUUUAGGGGACACACACGUAGAUCCCAGUGUGGUGUGGUUCACUUAAAGUUAUAUAAAGUUUAAGGGUUGUCACAUAUGUGUGCAUUCUGUCCAGUUCACACCUUCCUAUGUAGUUUUACAGCUGUUAAGGUAUCAUCUGGGUAUUCCAUAGUGCUGCACUCCACACUAUUAAACAACCUGACCCUUUCAAGUCUUUUGUACUUCAUUGUAGGCAUACAAAAGUCAUGUUAGCCUGGUUUUCAUAUGUCGGGAAAAUCCCAGACGAUCGGGGAUUUUAAUUUUUGCCGACCGUCCCAGAUAUAUCGGAUAAUCGCCACAAGUCAGACUCAGAUUCUUCCGAUUAAUUUGGCCGGAAAUGGAAAGUGCGCCAAAAAUUGAAACUUGCGUGACAGGGGGACAGAAGCCCAGCAAUUUAGGGGAUUGGUAAUGAGCGAAAUCCAUCGCCGACGUCCCCAACGGUACGAAUUUGAGUUUUCAUUUGUCGGGAAUGAUCGCCGACCAUCGCAGAAUCUGGGACGCGUCGGGAAAACAGGAACACUCCCGAUUCUCCAGAUUUGUCCCCAUCCAUCCCAGACGAUCGGGGAUAUCUACGAUUUCGAGUUUUCAUUAGUUGACAAAAUCUGGGACAGCCGGGAAACAGUAAAAUCUCCGAUCGUCUGGGAUUUUCCCGACAUAUGAAAACCAGGCUUAAGUAGCUUCUUCACAGUUUCUUUUUGUCACAUUUAAUCAUGUAAAAAUGGUUGUUUCUCUCCUUUUUUUCUUUAGUUUUAAGUCCUGAGAAAUCAACUAGCCCAAACCCCUCGGAUGAGAAAGAAGCAACACCAACACCAACCGAUGAGCAGACACUGAAGUAAGCUGCUGCAGUGAAUUUUGAUUGUCUCUAUUUUGUACACACAAAGUCAUGUAACUGCUGAGUAUAACAAGUAUUAGUAACAAUGACCAAUCAUCAUCAUUGUUAAAGCUCACAUAUACUGUGCCUUACUUAACGUACUUUACGUUAGUCAAAGUUGAUUGGCCCGACGGUUUAAUCAUUUAUCCAAACUAUCAAACCAGGUCAGUCCGGUUCUGAAAUAUCAUGCACAAAAUUGCACAAAUGACUGGUUCUGUCUAGCAUUAGACUUACCACAAGUUGACUGCGUGAGCACCAACCUCAAGUGAGCGAAAGCAAGCGACAAAGUUGCGACUGAGAUGAGCGACGUAAGUCAACGGACAACCAAACAAGCAGAAACGGGAAACAGGCUUCGAGAAAGUCUAGCCUAGCCCGAGUAUCAUUCUUUCAUUAGGGAUUAGGGAAGAGGAGAUUUUAGAAGGGGGAGGGGGAGGGGGAAAGAGAGAGAGAGAGAGAGAGGGCAUUUUUCUCCUUUCACUGUCUUCCAUUCUCGUUUCUCUGUUCUCCUUUUCCCCCAGAAAUGCUUGAUACUCACUCUAGGUCCAGCCCACCAGUUCUAACUUUUGCUGGGUCAAUUCAGCCAUUUAUUUGUAGCUAUAGUCAUGUUGUUCAAAAAGUUUAUUGACUAGAUGUACUUCCUUAUUCAAAAAAAGUUUAUGAACGUUAGCCCUUAUUUCCACAAGAAAGCAAAAACCUUAUGAAUGAUGAACUUUAACGCAUUACGUAAUGCACCAAAUUUGCAGUUGCUACAAGUACAGUAAGCAUGCAGCUUCUACUAAGAAAACAAAUUUAAAAGAGCUUUUAAGCAUGUUUAGGCUUUGAUCUGAAUGGAGGCUCUAGCUUCACUUUUCAUAACUUAGCCAUUAACUGACUGUGGUACAUUAUUUUAUUACAUUUUCUUCUGAGUCUAACUGAAUUUCACUUGUCUUUUAAAAUUUAAAAAGAUAAGCCAUAGGUCAUGAGCUUAUUCACAGUAUUUUGCUAUUUAACUAUGCAAGUCCAAGUUUACCAACUUCUUUAUAAAUAAUUUUUUUAAUUUGAAUUACAUCCAACUUUUUUCACCAGACCAACAGACUCAGUCAUUGAGGACAGAGUAGCUGAAGAUGUUAAGGUAAAUUUUUCAAAGAAGGUUUACCUGUCUACUCAAUGGUUGAUUUGAUUCCCCACAUAUUGUUUUUUAAAUUCAUUUUUUCACUGAUCUGCAGCAGGCAAAGGAAUCAAGCGCUGGUGAAGCAAGUGCAUUUUGUAUCCAGUUGUUCUGUAUUGAUGAAAAAUACGAAAUGAGGUUGGUGACAUUAUUGCAUUGGAUGUCUUCAGGUUACUGGAUUGCUUUACAGGGCUUCACAUUGUGUAAUAUUGCUUUAGGGGAAGGGGAGUUUCUUUCAAAAUUUGCCCUUUCGGUACCUGUGUUUUGCAUAUUUACAAAAGCAAAGACAUAUGGUAUGAUUUAUUGUAUUUAAGGUAAUUAUCAUGUAGGGAAUGAAUUAAAUCUAGUGUCAGAGAGUACCUCAGGGAGGUAUUCUAUGAAAUAGACCCGUCCAUGAUGUUUUUAACUUUUGACUGGGACUGUUUAGCAAAAUCCGUCAACGCGUAUGGGAAGAACGUCUUAAAAUCAGUAAAGUUGCCAAGUAUGGAUGUGUUCCUUUCGGCAAAUCCAAAAACGGAUUAUCGGUCCUAGAUUUGCCGGAUUUCGGGGUCGAAAGGUACGUGAAAUCCAAAAUUGGAUUUGUAACCUUGGUAACCUUUCGCAAACGCUUGCAAUAUGUAUGACAGCUUUUCAAGAAAUGACGUGUUUUCUACUGUUUGUCAAAUUGUGGGAUUAUAUGGUGCAGAAUUUUGUGGUCGGCAAUUCGAAAAGCGACGAUGGAACAUAAGCAGAUCAAGAAAGAAGCGCGUUAAAGUUGAAAAUUGUCUAAAGCCGUUUUCGUUUCAGUUUCGUAGCUCAGGGAUUUUUUAUGUAACACGAUCGAGUGCCUAUCGCGUCUAUAAGCGAGUUUGUAGAAAGAUAGUAGUUCAUUUGUUCCUUUUACUUAGUGUUUUUAAGCAAUCUUUAGCGACAAAUGGUUAGUAUAUGGAUAUUUUACUGUACCAGGAACAAUCUCCUAGUGUUUUCAGAUAUUUUAUGGCAAAUGGCAGCAACGAGGAAACACAGCGAGUAUAUUUCAUCUGGAAGUACCGCUGGCAUCGUCUGACUAAUUUCGGAUCCACUGUGAAUGGAACAGCGUAGAUCACUAAUCCGUUAAUCUGGAUUUGGUUUCUUCAGAUUUCAAGUCCAAUAAAUCCUUUGUCAUAAAGGAUUCACCGGAUUAAAAUACGGAUUUGGGAUUGCCGAAAGGAACGCGAAAUCCGUUUUAAGAUCUAAAAUCCUUUUUUGGAUUCACCUAAAGGAACGCACCCUUUGUAAGUGUUUUGUUGAAAAAUAACGAAGAUAUGGCUGCGCAAAGUCGCGAUUUUAUAGACGUUUGUAUGGUGGGUGGAAAGUUUGUGCCCUCACCAACUGAAGUAAAGCGUGAACACCUCAUGUGUAGCGUAAUCACAUCACGUGUAGGGGCUUUUUGACAAGGAGAAAGUCCAAAAUCCUGAAUUAAGUUGACUGUAUUUGUUUUUUGUUUGUUUGUUUGUUUUUGUUUUUUUCAGGUCUACAGACUUUCUUCCAGCUGUGUUUGAUUUGUUUCCUGUAAGUAAAAGACCAGACGAAUUAAACAAUAAUAUCUUAGUUUGAUGAAAAAGCACAUCUUUUUGGGGGGGGAGCAGGGGGAGAGCGAGUGCACAGUUUCUCCAGGUGAUGUCCAUCAUUUUGGAUUUUAUAAAAAAAAAAUCAGAGAAGACUGGACGAAGCAGGUAGUGCGAUGAACGUGGCGUGCUUUCAUCCCCAUUUUGGUUGAAUUUUGUUAGAUUCAUACGUGUCUCACGCCCCCGAAACUGGUCGCAAUGUAGGCUAAAAAUUAAAAGGUUAUGAAGCAUGUGCUGUACCACAAGCUGAAAGAUAUAUAAUAGUGCAAGGGCAAGUUUAUUUUUGUAGAGUUGAUAGAUCGUACAUGUAGUUAAGGAAAAUAACUGACUGACACAAGAUUACUUUUCUUAGGACAAAGAUUACUGCAUUCUGACAAUGCCUCAUCUAGUACCAGAAUUCCCUCUUCUACAGUCUUUUGUAGUAAGUUGUUUUUGUUUAUUUGGAAGGAUUUUUGGUCUUAUCAUUGAUAACACUGGUUUUGUCUCAAUUGAUCAGUUAAGUGAGUGAAAACACUUUGGGUCGUGUACAAAGACUAACUUUGGACGCAGUGUAAGAAAUCAAUGAACCUCCACAUCUCUUCAGUUCUACAUGUAAAAGGUUUAUUUUAAGAAGAUAGGGAGACGCUAUAUUCUUUGAAGAAGCUAUUCAUGAUAAAGGGUUCUUAGAUCAAAACGUUGGGCAAAAUAAAAAAAAUGUCUUAAAACGCGGUUUUGUUAAACACUGGCUUAACUCCGCUUAAAUAACCGGCCCUUGAGGAUUUACGUACAGUUAUUUGAGCCAAGAACAACGUUUGUUCACGACACCUUAGUACAAAUGCCGUUGCGUCAGAGUUGAUAAAAGCAGUCAAACCUGUUCUUAAGCGUUAUUUGAAUAUCCCUAUUUUUUUUAGUUGAAGUUGAUCAAAGCCUUUUUUAAAUUACUCAAUUUGACAGGCAGUUAUUUCAUUUUGUUUUAGAGAGUAACUCCAAGAAAAUACAGUACUUUGUCCCAGGAACUUUAUAUCUUUCACAGAUGGGGACUCAUUGAGUAAGCUUUUCUUUUUGCUUUUGCCUCUUAUAAACACCACCGCAAAUACCACACAUAUAAAACAUUACUGCGUAUCUUUCCUUUUUCCCCUUUCGUACCUUCCUGUCCCUAUUAAAACACAUUUUUAUACAAUACAAUACAGUGGAACCCCGUUAAUGCGACCACCGUUGGGCCAUAAAAUCCUGGUCGUAAUAACGAGGUGGUCGCAUUAACGGGGUCUUCAAAAUAAGAAAAUGACUCAAUGGUUGUUACGUUUGGUUUGAAAGAAUAUGGCCGUAAUAACGAGGUGGUCUUAUAAACGGGGUGGUCGUAAGGAGGGGUUCCACUGUACAAUACAAUAGUUUAUUGACACUCCCCUGGUGGGGCUUUUCAGUGACAAUGCGACUAAAAAAAAAAAAAAAACUAAUUAAGAUAAGAGAAGUAGUUAACAAUUCGAUUAAAAAGAAAGAAUGCGGUGAACAAAGCAAUAUAAACAUACCUAUUUAAGAAUUAAUCGUAUAAUAAAUAUUCUCACUACGUACUAUACAAUAUGCAUAUUUUAAGUUACAAUAAAAUAAGAUACUAGUAAGAUACUAAAAUACUAUCAUAACGUGCUAUUUAAAAAGUCAGUAAUCAACUUAUUUUUCAGACAAAAUUUAAAAGUAGAAAUCGAUUUUGCAGUUUUAAGAGUACUGUCUAGAUUGUUCCAAAUGUGCACCAUGCGGUAGGGGAAUGUUCUCUGUCCGGUACUCGACUUAUACAAGGGGAUGUUUAAUAAUUGUCAACUUCGAGUCACGCGCCCGGUGACCACAAUUCUUGUUGUAAAUUGAUCGCUGAGGUAAUGUGGAGCUUGACCAGUCAUGCAUUUAAAUGCCAUGAGAGCGUCGCGGAAGAACAGCUUUUGUUUAAUUGGAAACCAACAUAGAUCUCUUAGUUCGGGGGUUAUAUGAUCAAAUUUCCUGGUACCUGUAAUAAUGCGCGCGGCAAAGUUCUGCGCUGACUGUAGUCUACAGAUAUUUUUGUUCGAGGUGUUCGACCACACUGUGGAACAGUACAGUAAUUUGCUAAAGACUAGUGCAUUUAUUACUGUCACCAGUUGGUUACGGUCAAGAACAUGUUUAACCCGACUGAUUUGUGCGAGGCUUGACAUACAAGAUGACGUAGUUUUUAGAACAUGGUCAUCAAACGUUAGUUGCGGAUCUAAAACAACCCCAAGAUCUUUGGCCGAAGAUGUAAGAGCGAGAUCUUUUCCUAGAAGAGAUAUUUUGAAGUCGGGGAGUUUGGCAAGUAGUUGUCGGCUUCCAAAGACUACGAGUUUUGUUUUGUCAGGAUUUAAAAGUAGAAAAUUGUUAAAACACCAAUUACGUAUUAAAAGAAGGUCGCUAUUUAGAUCGUUCAUAGCAGUCGGACAAUCAUCUUAAAAGAAAUCUGAAGUUUAGUUCAUCUUGGGUUCAUCUUUCAGUCUUGUUUUUCCGAUCUUGCUUUCGGUGGUAAAAAGGUAUAUUUUAUCCAUGCAGUAUAGGAUCUCUUUGUUUUGAGUUUUGGAAAUUAAAGGAACUUAAUCGUUUGCUAGUUUUUUAGAUCCUUUUCACACUGGUAGACGUAUUCUCGUUUGAAAACAAGGGCAUCUUUUAAGCUUUGACCUUGCGUACAUAUUUAAACAUUAAAAAAGAAAGGUUUUUGAAAACAACCUCGAACGCUUAGACUUUUGAAAACAGAGCUCUAUCGUGAUAGUGUGAAAGGGCCUGAAAAAUUAAGACGUCAGAGCUAUUCAUGCAUGACCUACCUAUCGGCAUAAACAAGCAGUACCAUAUGAACUAAUGUCAACAGACGUCAACGAAUCAUUUGCGCUUAUUGGCGUUUUCAAAACGAGUCCGCGCGAAGAGUAGAAACGAAAAUAAGUGUUCUUGGUUUGUCAGUCUUUUAAAUCGGAAAAAUCAAAUGGGUUAAAAUUUUGCUUUUUCAAAAUCAUUAAAUUAUCUGUCAUAUUUACUUGAAAAAUAUAUUAAGUUUCUAAACAUAAUUUAUUUUGCAGAUCAUUUCAUGUCCGGCCAUGUACUUCAGCUGACACAGAAGGAAUUCGGUCAGUUGUAUCUCAGCUAAAUGGUGCAGAUAUAAUAAUGCGGUAAGUAGAAAACUGUUGUGCCUCGGGUUGGCACCUUGUGUUGGUGGCGAGGCUUAGGUGUCUCACUGACGUAAAACUAUGAGCUCUGCCACACAUAUGGACUCCGGUCCAUGGCGGGUUUAACUACGCAGAAAAGUCCCUGUUUCCCAAGAGUUUGGUAGUCUGCCCCCAGGUUGAGUACUGCUCAAGUGUUUGGGACCCCCGCCCAGGCGUUGAGAAUAACGGUUCAUUUAAGAAUCGAAAGGAUACAGCGCCGCGCGGCUCGGUGGUGCUUGCGCCGAUACAACAACACAUCUAGGGUCACCAGCAUGCUUGAAGACCUGGAAUGGCGUAUCUUUGAACAAUGUCGGAUUAACAGUCGGCUCACUGUCCUCUUUAAGUUCACCUGGGGGCUCCUCUCUGUUAAAUCUCACAGGCUACUGCGCCCUGUAAUGCGCAGGACACGUCGCUCGCACUCGGAAAGUUUCAUCCCCCGUUAAACUAGCCUGUCCUCUGAGUAUCUUCCCUUAUUUUCAAGAAGAAUUAUUCAGUGGAACAAUUUGCCUGCUUCUGUCUUUAGCGAACACUGCUGUUUAGAUACUUUCAAAGCCCAUGUAAGCUGCCUAAAUCAUCUACCUGUUUAUUAGCCUAUUAAGUUAACUCUUUUUUGCUGACCAACCCAGCCAAUAAUCCUCAAAUGUGAGGGAUAGGCUGUAUGCGGUAACUAAAGUAAAGUGUAAGGUAACUUUUAUGACGCAAUGCAGAACAGAGAAUGCAUUGUUUUCGAGCGAACAAGUGAUACAGAACAGAGAAUCCACGAACCAGGUGCGUAUUUUUGAGUUACGUGCUCAUCCCGUCUUCAACCAAUCGUCGAGUUGAUUCAUUUGCAUCAUACACGUAUAGCUGUCACAUUUUCCCGCUGAAAUUUUUUAUUGCCUGCCGCUAAGAAAAAGUAAUAACCCCGCUAAAACUAUUGUCUUUGAAGCAAAAUAAUUCGGAAGGCUUCAUCGGCGCACCAUAAAUUUUUUUUCCUGAAAAGUAGACUUCCUAAGCUUUAAAAAGAGACCAAAUAUAAAUCUGUAUGUUGAAUGUUCGCGGACUUUAAUAUCGUUUUUCGAGGAUUCUUAGUUCUCUUAUAAGACCACUUAAUUUUACGCAAAAUAACCUGUGCGCAACUUAGGACAAAACACGAAACUUCAGUAUCUCGAAAAAAUAUGCUAUGUAAAGUCGGGAUUUCAAAUUGUUUAUGUAGUAGAACAGUUUAGUUCACUAUUUCCAAGGUAAUUUUCGCUUGCGCAAUCGAAUUGAGUUCAAACUAUUUUUCGUAAACAAACUGAACAGCGCGCGCGUAUACGUAAAAAAUAUUUGCUCGUUGGCACUUAGCGAUAGCUAUAACUAGUUUACAUUUGUUCUCUUUGUUAAAUGCUUUUCCAUUUAUACAAAUGUAUCUUGUCUCUUGUUUUGCAGAGAUGUUCAGCAAUAUAAUUCAGACCGUAGAGACCCAGUAUGUAUCUUGUAUGUCUUAGCUUGGGAAAAACAUGGUGAAUCCUAUCGUUCAGCUUGUUACCAAAAGUGGACGUCACCUUACCUUACAAAUGGUUCUUUAGUGACUUCUUUAUAAGUAAAACAGAUUGUCCUAAUAACGAACAAUUUCAACCACCACUACGGAGACGAAGUUACUACACAUAUAGAGUAAAGAAACACAUGGUAACCGGCUAGUCUGUGAUCAUUGUCUCCAUUGGUGGAUAUCGUGAGAAGGCUUCGCAAGUGACACGCAAAAGGGAAUGGGAGAGCGAGGGGCGGGAAAAGAAAGGAAAGUCCUUCUUCCUUUGCUCCUCCAGUCUUGCCGCUCGCUCACUGAUUGCUUUGUUCGCCACUCGUAAUGGAGAGCUUGCUCGCAGGCUACUUGAGCAAUUAGAGUCAUUAAAGCUUGACUAUCCAAUUACAACAGAGAAACAAACCUCCUAAAACAAAGAAGACUGCAAUCGACCAACUGUCGCUAGCCGCCAUCCCACUCAAAAGGACGAGCGAGUUCCGUGGGUGAUGUUUUUUUGACUCCCGAUUACUAAAUAGCAAAUUAAAUGACAACCACAGUAAUCAAUUUUAGUUGCCCUCUUUCUAGUGCACUGUAGUCUUAUAUGUUAAACUUUUCCUAAACCCCCUAUGUAUCUUGUUUUUAUCUUUAACUGCUUGUUUUUUCUUUAGGAUGGAACAGAGGUUCAAUGUUUUGUUGCUCAAUGUAUGGAUCAAGUUGUGGGCGUUGCCCUGCUUAGAAGAGAGGAGGUUUGCAAUUUCGUCAUGUAUGAAAAUUACAACCACUAACUGCUCACAGAGCUUAAAGAAGAAAUUGAAUUCCAGGUUGUCCAUGAGCCCAGCAUUCCGCUCAGCUGUGGCAGUCGCUUGCCUUGUCUGAGUUAGCUAGAAGAUAAGUUGUCUGAGCCCUUGCCAAGGCAAUUCAUCUUCAAGAGAGCAUGAAAAGUUACUUGGCGUGAGGGCAAGUCAUCUAUCCCCGGACGACCUGAAGGGACUAUUUUCGAGCUCUGUCCCAGCUCUUUAAAAGUUGCAAGGUGACAAUUCAUGCUUCGAUCGCAUGGCUGAACGGCUUUGAUUAUUAAUAAAAUACUAAUGCUUGCAGCGGUAAAAAGGUUUCAUUUUCUUAAAUUUCGUCCCGCUUAUGUAUCAAAAUUCUGCUCCAUUGUGUUUCAUCUUAUAUCAUCAAAGGCCACCAGACUCCUAACUUACAGUACUGGUAUGUUUUUUUCACCUCGACCUCAACCCAAUGUUCUUCCCUUAGAAAAAGGGAGGGGCACCCCUGAGAGGAGGUUUUGUUUUUUAUUAACAUAGUACGUAGACUGUAAACUGGUCUUGUUUUCCUUCUUUCUAGGAUAUUGAAUUUAUACGUUCUCAUUACAACAUUGAAGAUUUCAUCUACUUCAACCACCACAGAAGAGACGAGCAUUCGCAUCUGUAUCAUUUUGCGCUCAAUCCUGUAUUUCAGCAAUAUUCCAAACACUUCUUAAAGGUGAGAAAAAAUCUGACAUUCGUACAGCACUGUGAUGCUGUAUGACCUAACGCAUAAACCAUUAAACCAACAGUUCAUUGAUUCGUUUUUCGAUCUGCUUUCAGUGACACAAGGGCUAUCAACUUAGUACCGUUGUAUUUAUAAGCUUAGCCUGCAGAACAGGCGUUAUUUUUUCUCUUUUUUCAUGUUAGUCAAGGAGAGCGCGAAUCAAGCGAGACACAUGCCUUCCUUCGUCGCACGUCUCUCAAGAUCCACCAUCCACUUCAUGUUCGUUAACCCGAAAAACGCGAAAGAUUAGCGCCUGUUAUAUAUCCCACUAUAAUCUCUUUGGCAAACUCAAAAUCCUUAGGUCACUUUCUCGAUUACCCAAAAUCACGAAAAAGGACAAAAGCAAACUUAUCGUUACUUGCUUGCUUGUGUUUUCUUGCCGUAAAUGCUGGUUUAUUGGAAUUUGUGUUUUGUUUUGUUUCUUUUCUUUUUGAAGUUUUUAUCACCAAAUCAUCACCCGGUUUCUUUGGAUUUCUGUGUAAUUAAGUUAAGAUAAGUGUGUUUGGAGAGGUGGAUUAUGUGUUAAAGAUCUUUAACAGACUCCUGUGUAAUGUUCUGAUAGUGUAUCGAAGUGAGUUUUCGUGUAGUCAAGUAGUUUACGUUAGGCUAGAGCCAACUAUUUUUAAAUAUAUCUCCUUAAUAGGAAGUGUUGCGGUUGGCACACAAAUCGUGUCUAUACUACCCAGUCUAUCCUCAAUACUCAACACAAGAAGUAAGUGUAUCCACUGCUUUAAGUUAAGUUCAUAAAGCGUCAACGCGGACAAGGUCUGUAAUGAUACCCAGGCUUUUAACCAAACUGUAUCCUGUACGACAGUGUUAAGGAGGACGAAAGCGAAACCCUUCCCUCCCCUCCCCGCCUGUUUAUGCAGGCUAACUAGACUACUAAAAUUGAAAGGGUUAAAACAUCGCAUCACAAACAUGCCAUUAUUACCAGUUUUAGUAGCGGCACGUUAUAUAAUUGUAUUUUGAAAUACUUUCUUUUAUUCUCAUUUAGCCUAGUACUUUGAUCGUAAACCUUUACUUGAAAUGCAUACUGCGAUGAUUGCUCCUACUGGAAAUGUCAGCUACAAAUUAACAAACUAGCAGACUAUUUAUGUCUAGAGGUAUCACAUUUAAAAAGAAUUUUUUUUAUCUCUUUCAGGAAUCCAAGCCCCACACAACAGUCACCGCCUUGAAUGAUCUCGUUCCUAUAAGGUGAGUCAAUAAAGCCUGUUGGCAGUUUUUCUUUGCUUCCUGAGUCGCAUUUUUUAUGGGGUGUUAGAGGGAUUUAGAAUAACGUUUACGGCAAACGGUUAAAGCCGCAAGCAACCACGGUGGUGCAAAUAGUCCUACUCAGUCAGAAAAUUGCGACUAUCGCCUAACGAAGACCAGCAGUAUGUGGUCGAAGCGUUGCGAUCAAUGUCUUAGUGACAAUCGUGAGACAAACGAUAAACGAAACCCUUUAUAAUAAUCUGAGAUCAGGCUCUAUUUUCGUUUCGCUUUGAAAAUAACAUUCCGGCGGGCAAGGCGAAACUCAGUUUUAGCGGUAGCCGUUAGAGAGAAUGUAUGAGAACCGCUGAAAUUGGGCCUAAUCUCAGGUUACCUUUAUAAAUACUAAUUUGUACCACGUGACAAAGUUUCCCCUCUAUUUGUCGUAUAGUGUUCAUUAUGUUUAAACGAAAAUGUGUUUUUUCAUGUCAGGGUCAUUCAAUAGGGUCUUUCUGGACAGCUUUUAUUUUCUCAUCCCCCAAUUUGAGAAGUUGUCCACUCCAAACCCGACGUUUCCCGUUUACCGUAAAUGUGAUUCGGAAUCUCUCUAUCAACAUGAAAAGUUCGUGACUGAUGAUCUUGAUGUUCUUUACAACAGAGCACGUCGCCAAAUAAUUUAUCCAGUGGAUCAACUUGGAGGCAACGCUCCAUCAGAGCGCAUUGUAACAGUAAAGGUAUCUUCGUGUUACAUUCUGCUGCUUGUCUUUCAUGUGUUUUACAUUUGUUGCUUACAGCCUAACAGAUGAUCUUUAACCAUAUUAUUUUAUUAUGUCUAUACAGGAACCCUAUUCUCUGACUCAUUUGAACAGAAAACUGACCUUGGAACCAAAGGUGAGAAUUUAUCCCACGCCAUAGAAAAUACGGGCAAUCAGAAAGCUAGAAACCAUAGCAUAUUUUGCGGUAUGCAAUGGGAAGUGUUUUAAUAACAAAAAUCCUUGCUUCCUUAGAAAGGGCAAAUCAAACAGACUUCAGGUCUUUGAUAUAUUUAAUUAAAUAAUCGAUAAUUCUUGGAGAAUUCAAGCAAACCUUCGUCACGGAUUUUUCUGUCAGUGUUUUCUCGUCUAAAAAAAAUAACCAUACGUCUUAUAAUGUAAUACAUGUGAAACACAUUGAAACGUGUAUUGCAAAAUCAUGAAGUAUCGUCGUGAUCUAUUUAAAAGUCGAGAAUUUCAGAUCUGAGAACUAUCUUGGUGAGCAACAUAGCUCCGUAAAAAAAAACUAAACCACUCCUGCAUUCAAUAACGCAGCUUUAAAACUUCUGGUUUGACUGCUCAAUUAAAAUAUUCUUACUACCAUUUUCGUAUAUGUUAUCACGUUUUUUCAGUAUUGUACGAUUUGGUUUUCAAUAUUUUGCUCGGAAUUUUUCUACCCUCUUGCAAGAAAAAAGAGUUAUUGAUUUAAUAAGAACACUGUAAUUUUCAGGGAGUUAUAAUAACUCCUCUAGUGGGGCUAAUUUAACUCCUUACAGUGGAGUUAUUUUUCGUGGAGUUAUUUUAACUCCAAAAAGGAGUUUAAAGAACUCUUUUUCAGGAGUAAAAGUGACCACAGAUUUUGAGGAGUUAAAAUAACCCCAAAAAAGGAGUUAUCCUGUACCUAAAAUUUUUACUCCACUUUCAGAGUUAAAUUAACUCCAAAAAGAGUGAAAACAACCCCUGUAAGGAGUACAAGUAACCCCAUUUCGGAGUAAUUUUAACUCCAAGACUGGGAGUAAAAAGAACUCUUUUUCAGGAGUAAAAAUGACCCCAAAUUCGGAGUUAAAUUAGGAGUUAAAAUAACCCCAAAAAAGGGGUUAUCCUGUACCUAAAAUUUUUACUCCAUUUUUGGAGUUAUAAUAACUCCCUAAAAAUUACGGUGAACACAGUUUAAUGCAGACCUUCUUUUUGUAUUUUUCUUCAGGUUACCAUCAAUGCCCGUGUUGUGGUAGUUGGAGCAUCGGAUGUUGGUAUAUCUUUUCUCGAAACGCUGGUGUUUUGGUAAGAGGCGAUAGCGGAGCAAAUGGACAGGAGAGGAGUCCAUUACCAUCUCCUGUCCCUCUCACAUGCAGUACCAAAAGUGUUGUAGUCUGAGUAGUUUCUGGAAUUACGUUCGGAGGAAUCUCAAACAAUAACGCUCUGAUUUCGGGAACCACGUUUACUGUAACAGCACUUCAGCUGGUUCUUAAAUACAUGUACAAAAAAUGUCUUGGUACAGAGUUAAAAAUCGCCAUUGGAAAAAUCAAAAAGGUACUAUGGCGGCUAAGAAAGUUGGCGUUCGGAUUAUUUGGAUCUUGAUCCGAAAUGCGUAAUACAUCAAUGCAUAAGUUUAAAAUAGUUACAAGCCAGUCUUAUGAAACGAUUUUUGCUUAUUUAUUAAUUUAUUUAUUUACUUUAUACAUAGAAGCUAUCCGUGUUUGUUUGUUUAUUUAUUUAUUAUUUUUUUUAUUUUUUUUUUUUGACAGUCCACAUCUUCGCUUUAACAACCUGACAUUAGUCUCAAAUCAUGGAAUGCCUGGCCAAUUAACACCAGACGAAUUUCGCUCCAAAUUCCUGCCUUCAAGGUAUUACCGUUAGCGUUUGUGAAUGUGACGUCAUGGGUUGUCUGUUGUACUAAGACAACGUUCAAGGCGCUUAACAUUUAACCUGAGAUCAGGUUCUAUUUUCGUUUCGCUUUUUAGCGCGACCACGUAAGAGGGAAUGUAUGGCAGCUGCUAAAAUUAGGCCUGAUCUCAGGUUACUUAACACUUGAAAUGUGCAACUUUUACUUCUCUGAAGGUGGAACAUGACAUUUUGUCAAGUUAAGUUCAAGAUUCAGAUGAAUUUUGUUUGAUUAGCUUAGUCUUAACGAUCCAGCUGAAGUAAUUUCCAUUUUGAGAGGCUUUGGAGCAAUUAGGUUUUGCUUAUUGCUCCACUUUGGUUGCUGGCCUGAUCGGUAACUACUAGAGCACCCGUCAAGAGGUCGAAGGUUUAAAGAUUUUUAUAUUUAAAAAUACCUACUCGGGGCAUGUAUUGCUUGUAUUUCCGUCUUUAUUCUCCGUCAUUACCCAUCAAAAAAAAUUGGAACUAUUUAAAUACAUGUCUACGUGUUUUACAGUACCAGCAGCCUUUGCAAGUAAUCAGGUUGCAAAAACCAUCCAGAAGCUUUUUCUUGAGUCUACAUUGUACAGGUAUUUUUUGAAGUUGUAGGAAAUGUAACUUUUCCUUGGUAAUUUCCUGAAACAACUGUUUGAAGGCAGAGUGGGAACCCUUUUGCAAGAGUUAGUGGUAGAUUUUUACAGUCAGAGUUGGCUUUGAUCCAUGGUUAAGAGUAAGACGCAAUUGUUAUUAGUUUCUGGCUUAAAAUUCGUAUAUCUGUGUAUUUUUAUCACAGUUUGUGUUACACUCAAGAAGACUUUGUUCACAUGGCUCUAAGCACGUGGGUCAAGAUUGUUGAAGGCAAAGUCAUAGCUCUUGACAGGUAACAAGGGAACCACAGUACACUGAUGAAACUAAACUGAACAGUGUUGCAGUUUUACAUCAAUUUACUUUGAAUGACUCAAAGUUUUAACGCCCCUUUUUAGUAGUAGCUUUGCGUAGGAUACGUCCAUUCAUUUUGAAUUCUGACUGGAUCAAUGAAUCUUCCGGAUCUGUUGCGAGUGGUCAUAUUGGAAUCGUAUCACAAAGCUAUUGUUUCCUGAACAUGAUUUCCAAGGGAGACUCCGACGCGGGUUUCGACGUUGUAUGGAUUUAAAACGUUGACCCAAGUUUUUUCAGACUGUCAUUCAUUUCUAUCUUUAUUAUCCAUGGCUAAAAUUACCUAGUAAUAGUUGUUAAGUUUGCAUGAGAAUGAUUUUUUCAAUCGGUGACACAGGAGGCUUGGAAGAAAAAAUCCGAUUACUCCCAACGGGGUCGAAACUGUGACCCAGUAUAAAACUUGUAGGAAAAACGAGACAACGCCUAGGUUUCUAUUGAUGGAAUUUUACUUUUUUUUUCUAACUUUGGACUUGGAAUGUGCUUAUUACAAGGAAUAGAAUUAUAUUUUCAAUUCCUUACACUGUUAAGGCAGGUUACGUAAUCCAUGAAUUUAGGCCAUACAAUUAGUUACUUACAGGCAACACAAAAAUUCCAAAGUCAUGAGGAUUAUCCUGUUGAUUAUUCCUCUUUGACCAUAUUACAGGACUAAUAAAGUGGUAAAGGUGACUGGAGGAGCAUUUAUUCCUUAUGAUUACCUCAUUCUUUGUACUGGGCAGCAGUUUCAGAUUCCGGUUCCCACUGAUGCUGAUAUAUCAACACUUGUCACCACCAGUGAGGUGACAAUGCCGAAAGUUUCAAGAUACACGGGACGCCUCCCCUCAACAGUCUUCACGAUAAACACUGAGAGGGACUGUGAGAAUGCGUUAAACUACAUCCGGGGAUCUUUCCUUGAAGGUCAGGGUAAGUGAUGAGCUUAAGUUCGAUGUUUUACAGUGAAAGGUAUGUACGUAUGCUUCGAAAUUUCCUUAAAUCCUACAUAUCUCCACAAAAAAAACCACAAACUUUGCAGUGUGCAACACUUCUAACCAGAAUUUUGAGAGUAUAAAUAAAAUUAUUUCAUGCGGGCAAUUCUCGUAGGAAAGACGCAUGUUGUGUGUCACUUGUUUGCGAUCAAGUGGGUGAUUGAUAAAUGAAACUGAGAAUGGUCAAGCAAGGCAGCUGCAUACCGGAGGAAAUGUGAUAUCUGUUAGUUCUUUUGUUUGUAAAAUAGCACUCGGAGUGUCAUGUCUUAUUCUAGGUAAUGCGCUUGUGUAUGGAAACACUCUCGAAGCUUUCUCAAUGGUACAGACUCUGUUGGCUUUAGGAGUGCCCGGAUCACGUGUUGUACUCGUGCAACCCCCACUUCCGGUUCCAACCUGUUUUAACAACCCCUUUAUAGAGGAUGCUGUAGCCGCUGCCUUGAAGGAGUGUGGUAGGUGCAUUUUGGGUUCUGAAACCAUUCUCUAGUUUCAAACGUUUCCCUGUUUACGCCUUGUAUUAAUAGUCACUUGGUGACUGAGAAUACAUUUAUAUAAAAAGAAUAAGUUUUUUUAAAUGUAACUCCUUUUGUAGAUUAUUUGUAUUUUUUUCCUUCAUUUUAUAUCGCUUUCUUCUUAUCAACUUUGUAAUAUUAGAUAUGUGUUUUUAUCUAGUUAUCAAUAAAGAAUAUAUGAUGCUAUUAUUAUUAUUAUUAUUAUUAUUAUUAUUAUUAUUAUUAAUACUAUUACUAAUAUUGUGCAGCGAGUGUAGAAUCAACAUUUUUUGUUGAUAGAAGCCGGAAAAGUGGCUGUAAUGCCGAGAUUUGCAAGAGACCAUUUUUUUUUUCGCACACGUGAACUCGAGGUAUCCGCUUACAUGACAGGCGCCGAACCCCACUUCAAGUAAGCGAAAGAGUUGUACCCGUUGUCGAAGUCGCUCUCGUUUUCAGUGCUAACAUUCUCUAUUAUUAUUCAUUCAAAAUAUAUCUCCGUUUCUGGUUGGUUAUAAUCAAACGCAUAACUCAUCAUAACCUGCUACUGUUGACCAAAUUUGGAAGAAUUCUGCGAUAUUAAACUGAUGACGUCAAUCGUGCAGCAAAAUUGGCAGAUUAUUAAACCGUUAACCAAGAAACCUGGGGAAGAGGUUGAGUUGUUUUGGUAGUGAUACAAAAUGGCGGAACUUUUUACUCCUUUCACAAGGAGGAAAUAGGCGAACCUUUGGCUAAAACACAGCAUAAACAGCAAGAAGACAACUCGACGGACGACGUCUACUAUUUGGAGAAUAUUUACAGAACUGAACAACCCUUUAUCUCAUAAACUUGCCGAUAAACGUGCACUAUCGAAGAUGAACUUAACAUCGUAAGCAUGUUUUAGCUUGUUUUUAAACUAGGAAUUCAAUUAUUUUGAUUGAAUAAUAAAACAAUGAUUGAAUUCGGCUUUUGUAUCAUCUGAAGAAUUAUAGAGAUCUCGGACGGAGGGCGGCGUUAGCGGAAAACACCCUCCGAGAUCUCCAUAAUUCUUCAGAUGAUACUCAGCCUCAUUCAGUAAUAUUAUUGUUAAUUAUGUAGGUGCCACAUUUUAGUUUAAUGUUAUGAGUAACAUCAAAUAGGUAUAAUUGUGGCUUGAAGCUCUCUGGUUUUUUUUUACAAAAGGAGUUGCUUCUCAUGUGGGCUUUACUGUGGCCCAGUGGAAUGAUGGGAAGGUUGAUGAGCCCUUGUCACGUGCAACAUUCACAUCAGAGAACAAACCGCUCAGUGUGGAUUGUGAGGUGAAGUUAAGUUGCUUUAACCCUCAUUGAACACUAAUUUUUGGCCAAAUUUAAGUGAUUUUGCCAGCUCUGACAAAUAUUCUUUGUAUUAUCAUUUUUUUAUUAUUAUUUUCCAGGCAUUUUUCUGUUUUCAGACCAAAAAGGUUGAUUAUGAAGCUUUUAAAGGUACUUAAGCUUUUUUAAAGUUUCAUUCUGACCGAGACAGCAGUUGUCUCGUAGUAUUAGUGACCUUGUGCAACAGGACGGGAGAAGAAAGAACACGGCAAACCUUCUGUGAUAAGCGUGACAAUAAUCUUGUUUCAAAAGAAUUUCUCUUAAACUUCACCUUCCCUUAAACAGAUCUUUUUGUAAAAGGCCAGAAAACUUUAAUGUUAAGUGAAGAUCACGACAAAACAUGCAAGAAAUAGCCUUGUAGCGUUUGUAUCACACAAGCAUUUUGCCGUCCUCUUCUUUCUUCCGUCCUGUUGCGUAAACUCACUAUUAUUAUACAUCAUGUGUCGCACCUUUUGUAACAUUCAGGACCUAGUUAUCCAAAGAACUAUUAGGAAAAAUCUAGGCUUAGUUACCUUUGCGACCCGUAUACUCCAUAAAUGGGAGAGUGCAUAGUAACGGCUGAAUUUUUUUAGUCAAACGUCAGUAAUUUUGCAGGGAUUUGGCAACUAUCUGUAACAGUGAGAGUAGAUGGAAAUCCAUGGGUACUUACCAUUUACAUCAAAAAAGCAGAAAUUCCGGUUGGGAUAAUCAAAUGGUUCGCGCCAUUCCGUUUGGGAAGCUUCAGAAAAUAUGGGCUGUCUUUUGAGAUGGUGCAUUUUUAGUCUUUUUUGUCUGUUAAGUUCAUUUGAAUAUACUUUGUAGCGUGUCGUUUUAUGUUUAUGCGCAAGAUUUCCACCUGGGUGCUUUUGUUAAUGGUAAACACCCCUGAUGUGCUGAUAACUGAUCAUGUUUUAAUGAACAAGAAUAUGUAUAAGUUGGUUGAGCAUGACUGUCCGGGUGAACGUGGUCCUGAGUAGGACUGUUGUUGACUGUGAUUGACGUUUCGACAACCUGUGCGGUAGUCAUCUUCAGAGUCAAAGUGAGUAGACUCGUAAUGUCAUUGGUGAGUUUCGGUCCGUCUAUUGUCACAGUCAAACAUCCGUCUAUUGUUAGUCAAAUUUUCAGUUGUCCUAUCAUUCUCUCGUACUUAGUUUUGCUUGAGUCCGUCAGUAAGUCGUUUGUACGGCGCUGGUAACUGUUGACUACGAUUCAGUGGCAAUUGUUCUAAGUCAGUAAACCAGCUUUCUAAAUUGAGUCGUUGAUAGUAGUCUAUAGGUUACGUAGUAAAUGUCGCCGAGUCCCAGUGGAUUUGAUGUUUCGUCUGUAAAUGGUGUUCAGCAAUGAGAUUGUUCACGUCUCCAUUUCUUAUCGCCCGGUCGCGUGCUAGGGUUUCUGCCGGUUUCAGCAAUGUAAGAAAAUGUAUGGAUGAACGGCCUUAAUUGACUGAUUGAUUGAUUGAUUGAUUGAUUGAUUCUCUUGCGGCUCAGUGAUCUAAAACUAGAGAAAAGCGGACGGAUGGAUGAACGGCCUUAAUUCACUGGCUGACUGACUGAAUCAUUGAUUGACUGGUAUGCAAGCAGCCCAUUGAUGUGAAUCUUGAAAAAAGUGGUAAAAGUUAAUGUAAUAAAACAUAGUCUAAAAAACGAACGAUGAAAUUCCUGCGUUGUCCUCAGUCGCUCGCGAUCACUUUUUGGGGGAUAUCUGAGUUAAUUAUUAAGGAAAGCAGGUGCGAAAGGAGCUCGCGCUUCUUGCGUGUUUCGUUCACCCCAAGUAGGGUGGAUUUCCACUGUCGCGUAAAUAAAAUAGAGGCAAUGUAUUGAAAGUCGCGCGCACACGUAAAGAUUGAACCUCGAUCAACUUUUACGUUUAUGCGCGGCCUUUCAUACGUUGCUUCUAUUUCAUUUACGCACGUAAAAAUUAUGCAACAGUGGAAUUACGCGUAAAAUUUACGUUCCAAUGUAAAGUAGAGACGAUGUAUGAAAAGACGCGCGUAAACGUAAAAGUUAAGCAAGGUUCAACUUUUACGUUUACGCGCGACCUCCCAUCGAGUGGAAUUUCACUGUCGCGUAAAUUUAACGUACGUGAGCACGUAUCUUUUAUGCGCGUAAAUAAAAUAGAGGCAAAAGCUCGCAUGUAAGGUAACAGUUGAAUCUCGCUCAACUUUUACAUUUACGCCCAACCUUCCAUAGGCUGCCUCUAUUGUAUUUACCGUGCGCGUGCACGCACAUAAACAUAUACAGGACGGUGGGAAUUCACCUUAAACACUGGGAGAACCUGUGGAGCCAACGUGCGACUCCCCAUAACGUCAUUGUUAAAUUAAAUGCAGAUAUUUGUUUCCUCUGUCAGCUAUCAAUGACAGCUGUCUGGUGUUUGAUGGCAAACUUGUGAUUGAUGCAGACUUUCACACCAAUGAUCCUUGCAUCAGAGCUGCUGGUCCGCUGACAAAGUUUCAAAGGAGAUAUCACGCAGAAUCCUGGUAGGAUAACACAGAUAUCACCCUUAGUGGCGUGAAGUCGUUUCCUCAUCGUCUUAACAGAAUCCAUGCAGUACAGUAGAACCUCGAUAACUCGAACUCCCGCUAACUCGGACUGUUUUUCGUUUCCCUCUGGAGUUCGAGUUGACGGGGUUCUACUGUACUGUGAAAAUUUAAUUGGAACAGAGAAGUCUCGUGUUCGAUGAAAGCGGGUGUUUUUCGUUGACAGGGACUAAACUGUCGGGAAAUUUCUCACAUAUUACGUUGUCCCUAGCUUUUGUAAACGGACACUGCCAUUUUAAGACACUUUGGACCUGUUACUGAGAGUAUUUCUGUAAAAGAGAAAGUAUAUCGCAACCCAGUGUCAAACCUGGACCUCGACCCCGGACCUUUCGUAUUCUAAUCUCUCUCCCUUACCGCUACACUACCACACCGACCCGCAAAAAUUACCUUGCUCCCUAAAGUUGUUGAGAAUGUUAAAGUUUAAUUGGACCCAAACUGAGGUCUUCAUUUUUCUAUUCGUCUAUUUUAGGACUCAUGGAAAUUUCAACUCCAAGGAAGUUGGUGCAGAAUUGGCACAGUCUCUUUUGACGUUAUUUGACCCCACCCUGGACGGGAUGCUUCUUGAAACUGAGACACAGCAGGACCAGCUCCUUAUUCCAAUUUACACGAAACCAAAAACAGUUAGUGCCGUACUACCAGGUAUGAAUGGCUUUUUUAAACUCGCGGAUUAACCUUAGCUCCGAAUGAGUGUAACACGUUAUUCGAGCAACUUCUUCAAUAAAAUGCCAAAUAUUCUUGCCCUUCUCCUUUUCUCUCUUUAUGUGAAGUCAGCGAGAUUUGAGGGGGUUUACAUUAUCUGGCCUAACAGUGUCAGUGUCAGUGUACUUUGAUUCUUAACCCUGUUAUGUUCCAGUUGAAUUAUUUGUUUCAUUAUCCCUGAAAAGCCCCAUGAGGGAGAGGAAAAUUAAGUAUUUGAAAAUUCUAAUUUAAUUUUGGUUGUAAUCGUUGCUUAGACCUUUUUGCAUCAAUUUUUAUUGUUUUAUUUGUUUUUAGGUGGAUAUAAUUACUUACAAGUCGGUAAACCAGGUCUAAAUAUUCCGCUGGACGCUCAUAUGGUCCAGCCAGAAUACGUAAGUGCCAUCAAAUUCACACUGUUUAAGUCAAUCAGAUUCGCGUCUCUCGCCUGUUUAUUUAUGCAAAACCACGAACGUUGCUUUAUCCUUGUUAUAAGUUUCUAGCAUUUUUCCUGCCUUUUUGUAUCUUUGAUCAUUCCAAGAGGUGAAAUUUUUAAGUUAAGUUCUCGUGGGAAAAAGAAGUUUUCGAUUUCCAUGAAGAUUUUUUAUUUAAACAAAGAUAUUUCGCUGUCCUAUAUUAAUAAUUUUCUUUUACGCCUCCAUUCGUCGCUCCCAAUAACCUGUAUCACGUAUUGUUGUGGUUAGAGGCACUGGGUGGGUAUUUUAACUGUUACUUAGGCAAUGAUAGCUCUUGCUGCAAACGGCGUAGAUCGCUCCUCGUGAGCACGAUUCCAAUAGAUACAGCUUUAAAAAAAGUUGUGCGAAUCUAGGUAGUUCUGUCCUCGCGAUUUUUGUAACUUUUCUGCCCUCCUUUUUCUAAAUCAGGAAAAUUUCCUCGGGACGUUUUAAACCGACAGGUGAACCAUUGCAGCUGACCUGAGUGCAUAUCAUUAUGGGUUGAUUUCUUCUUUUUCACGCCAUAGGUGGAGAGUUUCUUCGCACAAUCUCCGGUUUUUCGUCGUACAAAAUUCUGAUCCAAAUGACUACAGAAAAAUUACACCAAUUUGUGGUGUGACUUUUUCUUAAUUCUAAGGUGUCACUCAUUUGUUCCUUUCCAUGAUUGAAUGGUAUGUGUUAGCUUAGUUAUCCAAGUUUGAAAUCCCGUUUGUCCUUAGGGGAGAGAGCUCAUUACUGGCAGCGCCACAGAGCCAGAUCAAGAACAAAACUACUUCCGGUUGCACGUGAACCAGCAUCACUCAUUAGAAACAAUCACGUGCUACACUCACCAGGUAGGUCACGUGAGCGAUACACGUUACAGUCAGUACAUUUUUCGAUCCCGGAACUCUGUAGGAGGGAUGAAAAACGAGAUACCCUAAAAACGCCUGCGUGGGAGGCUAGGAACUCUGUUAAGUAAUGCAAUAAGGUUAGAGUAACAAAAUGUAUUGGUUAGAAAUCUAGAACCCGAGAGGUAACCAGAGGCCAGCUACCCAAAACUCACCGUCUGACAUAAAUGCUAACACAUGUUGCAUUGGCCCAGUUUAACUCUUUAUUUUAGCGCCAGACUUAGAAAAGGGGCUAUGCCAAGCUUUAUACUGUAUAUUAUUUAAUUGCUAAAAUGCGUCUCUGCACCCAUUGCAUUCCAAAAUUAAUGUUACUUAGGCAUUGAAAGUGUUUCGUGUCGUGGACUGUUGCUACGAAUGGCAAGGAUGAACAUGGAUUGAAACUUGAAAUUAUUGGGCCAACUUUUUCAUAUUUAUGCUCUGCCUGCGAAAAUCAAUAGUGCUCCCUGAUGAAAUUUGUCUGAUAUCUUCAUAACUCUAAACGAGAAUUUUGUGGCAAUAAAGUCCUAACAAUAUCCUCCUGACCGUAUAGCCCCUGAAAGUAGUUACGUCUAAGCUUGCGUUUUAUGCAGCUCACCCCAGAACAGACAGAAACUGGCCCUAGGUAUCAAAGCUAUCGUUAAUUAGUAAAAUCCAACUAGUGGUCUAUUAUCAAUGCUGCGUUCUGAUUGGUUGAGCUACUACUAAGCUAUAUGUUAUAGCCCACGAGUAGCGAAAAGCGCAGGCUUUUUGGCGGCAAAAAGGGAUUAAAGUCUAGCUUUAACUGGCUAAAAUUUUUUUAUUCUCGAUGUUUUUGACCAACUAGUUGGAUUUUACUAAAACAGUUAUUCCUCUCGCCGUCAUGGACUCUGAGUCAAUAGCCCAUUCGGCCUUCGGCCUCAUAAGCUAUUGACUCAGAGCCCAUUCGGGCUCGAGGAAUAAUUGGUUUUUAUUUAUCGCCGCAGACUUUCAAAAUCUUCCGCAGCCUUGUUUGUUAAAUCAUAAACACGAACGUUAUUCUACCUACGUUAUAUCAUAUACACAUUCUACAUUCUACCUACAUUAUAAAAUAUAUCAUGGUCUACCUAAACCUCUUUCAGAAUUGUCCUUCUUACAAACGUCUUUGUAAUACAGAGAUCUAUUUAUAACGUAGGCUUGCUUGUUUUCGGUUAAGUCAUGUUAUAUUAAACAUAUUUUAAUGUAAGUAAAUCUCCAUAGACCCAGAACUCUGUUUUAAGAUCCGUUCUUAUUAUACGCAGCAAUGAUACUCUGUCUCGGUCUUGUUUAUCUGUUUCCAGACGCUUGAUAUAAGUAACCUCGUUUGCCUUUAUGGUCUUCAUGAGCGAUACCUCAAUAAUCUGCUACAGCGGUAUGAUGAAGGACUGAUCUCCGACUUUUACAGGUAAAGUUUUUUUUCCUUUGAGGUAGAGAGGUCCUCGCGCAGAUAAGCAUUUUGAGCUCUGUCAAAACCGAAAUAAGAAAGAAAAAAGAAGUUAUUUUGUUCGUGAAGGAUAUGUGGGUCUUGGUUGUCAUUAGUUGCCGACGUUGCCGUGAAGAUCAACCUUAAUCAACGGCUAUCACCUAACAGCCGCCAACUCGUUACUCCAUUCCCUGUGAAACGGCCGUAACAAUCCGUAUAGAAUCAGAUCAUUUGUAAGUUAAGAUGAGGGUCACAGCCAACCUCGACUCUCGACUUGUAUUGAUAGCGAUGGAAGAUCUUCAAAGUCACGGGUGAAGUGCCUCUUUGUUGUCCAAAGACUAGACUUUAUCUAGACUUGCAACAAGUCGUCCUCACAAGUCUCAACGCAAAAAGCCGUACGAAGAAGUUAUUCGAAGGUCUAUUUUGGCUUCAAGAACGACUUUUAAACCACAUUUUGGCUACCAUCCAGCAACGUUUUUCUGCCCCUUAAGAACCACGUCCUUUGUAGUCCAUGGCGACCUCAUCAGAGGUAACCUAAAUGCUUAACUUGUGUAAGGGGAGAGAAUAUGUUCCAAAGCGUACUUGAAAUGAGUGGGAUUUAUUGAAAAACCAGAGAAAAUGGGGGCGUUAAUAAGUUUCUCUGUAGCUUAGUUCGUUUACGCGAUCAUAUUGUCAACAGCUCAUUUUGUUGACUUUAUACUUGCAGCUUUUUCCGGGAAUCCUGGUGUCUCGCCGUGUUCCACGACAGAUUUAAAGAUUUUAGAGACGAAAUCAGGGAGCUUCUUGUUGCGAAACCUGUGAGUAUGCUGUUAAAGAUUGUUGGCUUAAAAUUCUGAAAGCCGCGGGGAACACAUACUAUGAAUAAAUUCAUAAGGCCAAAUUUUGCUUCUAAUAAAUCUUUUAAAAUGCCUAUAUCUAAUAAGAACAACAGUUUAUCCAAUUGUCAAAUGAGUUAGGUCUAUGUUACCCACAAGUAGCGGAGACAUUGCGGAUUGAUGGAAGUUUAGGAUAGCUGUUUUUUUAUUUAGUAGGUUGGACUUUAAGGCAAUGUUUUUUAAAAGCCACAGUUGUACCAAAUUGGGAAAUCGUGAUUUGGGUCCAAGUUUUCGGAAGACAGCACUCUGCGAUUUUAUUAAUAAAUGAUCGGUCAGAACCUCUAGUGUGUCAUGUAUAGAGCAGAUUUUACAGUUUAAAGUUUGCCAGCAAAAUAUAAUCGUUUAAAUGAGCAAAAUUUGUCAUUCCUAAAAUUAACGCUCCAUAUCUUUUUAUGAAAGUGCUCUUUUAGAAUUCUGCUCUAUACAUGAGACACUAAAGUCUACCAAGUUUACCCCUCUGUAGUGCCAGCUCGUGAACUUUUUUUGUAUUUGUGCUGAAUUCGUCGACACGAAAUUGUCGGAGAAGUAAAAUUUUGAGAUUCCCGAACAUGUCCCAAUUAAAGCGCGAGUUCCAAGCAAGAUAUGUACAUCAUGGAGUUAUAUGGUAAUUAUGGUAAAUUACAUUCCGCGCUUUAAUUUUGUUAAUAAACUGUAAUGUUUUCAAGGAUUUUUUAGGCGAAAACAAAAACGUACAAGGAGCUUUGGCGUUAAAUUUGGUUGAAAUUUUAAGGAUUUCCUUAUUUUUAUUGAUUUAAAAAUCACUGACACAAGGUUUACUACCAAUAAGAACCCGUUAGUUACUUUUGAAUAAACAUUUUGUUGGUAGUCUCCGUGCAACACUGUACGUGAACACUUUAAAUUAUGCGCUCAUCGUGUAUCCAGUUAUUCAUAUCUCGUAAACUCGUCGAUAUCAGUCGUUGCACUUCGUGCAUGCGCCUUAACUUUUUGCAUGACAAUGAACCAAAGGUGUCCCUCGCGACCUUAAGCUCCGCCGUGGUGAACCAGUCGUUAAACUUGCAAUACGCAAAUUGCUUAUCCCCCACAAUGCACCUUAUUUGCCCCCCAAAUUUUUGCAUAAACAUCAAUUUUCUCUUGGGACGGCCGUAAUACCCAGAAGAAAUGAAAAAGAAAGGUGAGCAAAAUUUUGGGGGGCAAAUAAGGUCCAUUAUGGGAGAUGUGCAAGUGGCAUAUAAGAAAAAAGACAAAUUUUGGGAUAAAUUAGCCACAACGAGCAAAAAUACAAUCUGGCCGGAAGAAAAUCAGUUGGUUAUUUGUGUUUAGAAGCGCCACUGAGGAGUUGAACACAACUCGGAGCUCUAAUCCAAAAACAGGCGCCAGAGACUGAUUUGAACUAGAGCAAUUGAGUUACAUGGAAAACCUGUACCUAAUAGACAAUUUAUCCACAGUAAGAAUCAGCCUGUGUAGCAUCUCACGAGAAGAAACUGCUCCGAAGCUUUGUUUUGAAUGAUCAGACUUAAAGGUGUUAUCCACAGACUCACGUUAGAACCAGUCUGUACAGUAGAAUAAACUACAACGUAGAAAAAUUAAUUGCUAUUUUCUCCUCCUUAGUCUGCGGACGUGCCAUCUCUAGAAGACAAAGUGCGCAAAAUGAUCGACGAGGACUUAGUGGUGAGUGUUACGCAGUUUAAGUAACCCAAUUGAAGGCAAAGACAACGUGUCCGGUUUGGAGGGCCUAACUAACCCCGUUUCACAUUCAUUUUAUUUGUGAAAAACAAAGACGUCAAAUGGCACCAUUUGUUCAAAACAUAGUGCUAUCCACUGGAUAAAUCUCUAUCCAGUGGAUAACGCAAUUGGUUUCCCUAAUACUUAUCCGCUGGAUAGUGAUUUAUCCCGUGGAUAGCGCUAUCCAGCGUUUGAACAACCAGGGCCUGAAGGUUCAUAUUUCCGUCUUUCAAAGAACUGAAAGGCUGUGGCUACGAAUUUGAAACCUGAAAAUCCUUUCAUUUCCUUUCAGCAAGGCCAAAUAAUCAAUUUUUGACUAUUGCCAAGAAGUUGAAAAGAAGCUCUAAUUGUUACAGACGUCUGUAUAGUGGGGGACAAGUUUGUUCUCACCCCCACCAUAAAAACGUUUGUAAAAUUUCUCGUCUUUGUGAAGGUACAAUUUCGCUCGUUUCUCAAACUCGACGGGCUGCGUUCGACGUAAGGAGAACGCAACCUAAACUCAACGCGCAAGGAGCCCUGUGUACAAGCAUUUAGCAGAAAGAAAUUAGAUUUCUAGCAGUCUAGAUAACGAAAUACGUCAUAGACCGCGCGCGCGGCGCCCGUGACGUUUCGUUAGUUCGCAUGGCGUCUCGGAGAAAAGCAUGAAAUGAUAUGGGGGAUUUUGAGAACGUUCAAUAUCCUGACCGUAAGAGCUAUUUAAGUGCGACUUUCUGUAAAUACCA